AUGGCAACAUUUUUAUCACAGUCUUAUUCUCCAUAUUUGAGAUCAGAAAAGAAUAAUGAUAGUAAAUCAUCAAGUCCCUUCAGACAUCUUGGUGGUGAAAUCUAUCUUUAUAGAGAUAUAGAAUGUACAGAAAAAGAAAAGGUUAGAUCAGCUCAACAGUGUUUGAAGGUACAUGAAAAGAGUACCAUUUCAUCAAGAGCAAGGGCUCGAAGAGCUAUACGACAACUGGAAAAUGCUGUUGAAAGAGAGACAGAAACAACAGAAAAAGAAAUCCCUAGUCUAAACUGGGCUCUUGCUUUUGCAAAGUGUUGUCAAAGUGACAAGCAGUCUAUAGUAGAUUACAUCAAUGAACAGAAGGAGCUGUUUCUAUUGGAGUACAGAGUAAAAGUGAAACAAUGCACUAUGACAAAGUUGGAGAAAUUGGCAGCAAAGGAAGAGCGAAGGGCCAAAAUUGCUGAAACAAAACUAGAAGAAGACACACUUGCAUUUGAGGAGUUUCUCAGAGAGAAUGACAGAAGUUCUGUAGAGGCCCUUAAAAUAGCAACUCAGGAAGCAAAAUCUAAACUGGAACUGACAACUGAGGUGAAUGCAGCAAUGAAUGAGGUGUUCGCAAUUAAAAGUGAUAUUGCAAACUCUGAAGAUAUUCUGAGGCGGUAUUUAUCUUACGAAAAAUUUUUGAUGAGCAUUUCUCCUCAAGAGUGGCAAGAAAAGCAACUGGAAAAAAGAGGGAAAAAGAAACCAGAGAAGAAAAGAAUGUCAAAAAUUUUACUUACUCUUCCUAAUCGAGAAAAACCUGAUCUAAAAUCACAAUCCCCUUACGUUUUAUGCAGAAAACUAAACUCCACUGUGAAUCUAGGAGGUCAAUAUCUCUGUACGAGUGAAAAAAAUGUUUCUUCAGAUGAUGACUUUUCCUUGGAAGACAUACCAAGUGAUGUGGAGCCAGAGAUAUAUUUUGAAGACCCAGAAGAGUUACUUCAGAUGCUUGCAUUUUUUGAGGAACAAAAUCUAACACUAUUUCAAAACAUUCAGGACUUAGUUGCAGCACUGGAAGAUUGUCGGCAGAGGGAAAGAAUUGUUAAAGAGCAAAUGGAACAAAAAAUAAAAAGCCUAGUGGAUGAAAAAGCAGCUAUUAUAGCUGAUUGCAUGAAAGAAGAGGAAAAAAGUGAUGGACUGGCAUUAAAAGCCAAGAUAUUUUCUUCAGGACAGUAUAAUCCAGCAACCAUGGAUAAAAUUCUCAAUACACUUAAUAAAAGAGUAGCAGAAGUAUACAAAGUUUGUGGUGAAGAAUCUGAAGUAUCCAGUUUGACUACCUUGCAAAUGCUUAAAGUAGUAGAAAUCAGAGUUUCUCAAUUGUGUGAGAUGUUGGAAGCAAUUCCAAAUGAAUACCUUGAUGUUAUUGAAGCCAAUGAAAAACUCAGGAUGAAAGAAAGACGGCAACGACUACGUGAAGAGAAACUGGAAGAACUGAAGAGAGUUCAGGAAGAAAGAGUAAAGGUUGCCCUGGCAAGAGCAAUUGCAGCACCAAAGCAAAGGGUGGGCAGAAAACUGGUGUAUCGCUCACAACCUGCAGAGACUAAACACGGAAAGAAACAAGUUCUAAAUGUAAAUGCAAGAAGUGAAGAAGAUUACUAUUUCACUUGAACUUUGUCACAAGACAUUUGGUUUUAGGAAUAGGUCUUGAUGUUCCAGUGGUGCUUGUAGCUCAGUUUAGCCGAGA